AUGCAGUGUGUAGGGGCCCCUGGACACGCCUUCAUGCAGUGUGUAGGGGCCCCUGGACACGCCUUCAUGCAGUGUGUAGGGGCCCCUGGACACGCCUUCAUGCAGUGUGUAGGGGCCCCUGGACACGCCUUCAUGCAGUGUGUAGGGGCCCCUGGACACGCCUUCAUGCAGUGUGUAGGGGCCCCUGGACACCCCUUCAUGCAGUGUGUAGGGGCCCCUGGACACCCCUACAUGCAGUGUGUAGGGGCCCCUGGACACCCCUACAUGCGGUGUGAAGGGCUCGGCCGCGGACGCAUGAACCCUGUCGCUGUGGAGUUAGUGUGA